CUCGCUUGCUCUAUGCCCAGAGACGGAGCAAGAGAGCAGCAUAGCAGUCCUGCCAACCCACCCAACACCUGCCCCUUCGGGCUGCGAGAGCUGACAAGCCAGCCAAAGACGAGACAAGCCCAGCCCAGCUCGGGACCACUCGAGGAAACCGAGCCGUCCAGCAGUGAGGACAACCAGGCUACAGGGACUCUCCUUCCCUUCCACUCACACACACGCACAUCACAGGAGGGACCGGCUACCUACUCAGAGAAGGAAAUGGAGGAGCCAGUCACUCUGCUCCUCGUGCUGUGUCUGGCUGGGGACGCUGCCUCCACAAUGAGCACAGUCACCCCCACCCAGGGUGUUCCUUGUCCCUCGGACUGCUCCUGCGUGGUCUCCCAGCAACACGUCACCUGUGAGGGUGGGCUGACCAGCAUCCCGGAGGGUCUGCCGACCGACACCAGAGAACUGCGCCUCUCGUCCAACCACCUGCCGCUCAUCGGCUCGGGCUGCUUCUCGAACCUCUCGCAUCUCAUCGCCCUGCACCUCACAAGCAGCCAAGUGUCUCUGGUCAACCCUGGGUCCUUCCAGGGCCUGGUCAGCCUUCAGUACCUGCACCUGGACCAAAACCGAAUCGAACAGCUGGAAGAGGGGGUGUUUAGGGACCUCACCGCAGUCACCUACCUGCAUCUGGCAAACAAUCUCAUCUCCGCUUUGAAGCCAGGCCUGUUCUCCUCUAUGAAGCAACUGAAUGUUCUGUACCUCAACGAUAACCAGCUGACAGAGAUUGCAGCUCGCACCUUCCAGGGGCUGACUAGCCUUCGCUGGCUCUACCUGAGCCAAAACCGUAUCUCCAAAAUCUCCCCCUCCGCCUUCCAGCGUUCGAGUCCUUUACAGAGGCUUCACCUCGACAGCAACUCACUGACGAACGUGUCUGCGGAUGCCAUGCGCCUCCCGAACAGACUGACCGUCCUCAACCUGAGCAACAACAAGAUCAGACGCCUUCAGUACAACUCCAUCCUCCGGCGGCUGAAGUUCCUGAUCGAGCUCGACCUGGACAACACCAGCCUGGAGGCUGUGUCCUCCAAGGCCUUCUCCAGGCUCUACCGGCUACAGGUGCUGAACCUGAGAGACAACAGGCUGGACACGCUGUACUUCGCCAAGCGGCUGAAGUCCCUGGCCCAGCUGCGGGUCAGCGGGAACCCCUGGUGCUGUGACUGCAGGCUGGUCUGGCUGAAACGUUGGCUCCAGGACUGGAACGAGACGGAGGUAGAGCGAGUGCGAUGUGGCUCCCCUGACGCCUUGUCUGGGCUGACGUUGGUCGAGGUCCCGCUGCAGCAACUGACUUGUCUGCCCGAUGCUCAGAACACCUCCACUGUGCCACCGAAACCCGUCAGCGACGGAGUCCACGUGGGCGGUGUUUCUCUGUCUGCCCGUACCAGCCCGCGCCCUACCCUCCCGCUCGUGCCCGCAGUCGUUGCCCCCCGCGCCAGGAAGAUGGCGACGGGCCUGAUCGCUCGCCGGGACAAGACGGCAGAUCUCUGUCUGUCCGAACGCAUCCGGACCAUCGCCGUGAGCGAGAUCGGCGAGAGCACCCUGGUGGUCAACUGGCACGUGGACCGGGACCUGGGCGACGAGUACGAGGUGAGGUACGAGACAGGGGAGCAGAGCAAGGGGCUCAGGAUGAUUGGCGGCGUGAGCGAGGUGGAGCUGAGCGAGCUGAGCCCGGAGCUCUCUACAACGUGUGCGUCAUCCCCCAGGGCGGAGCGGGCUUCAGUCCUUGCUUACAGCCCGAGCCUCAGCAGUGCGCCCAGGCCCAGACUCUGACCGUCUCCUCCUCCUCCUCCUCCUGGGUCAAGAGGCAGCAGUUUGCCCUCGGGGUGGGGGUGACGGUCGUCGUACUCCUGCUCCUGGUUGCCGUCUUUCUGGUGGGUCUCAGGGUUAAGCUGAACCGUGCCGGCUUCCAGAGACACUACGACGACGACGACGACAACGUAAGUGGUUACGUCGAACAUUUCCACAUCGACCAGGGCGGGUACGAUAACACGGCUGCCGUGACAGUCGACUACGUAAGAACAUAGGGACUUGCUCGACCGAAGAAAGAAAGACCGAGAUCUGUACUGCACUGUACUGUGCCCCGAGAUAUUAUUUCCUGAAAGAAAUCUAAUCUAACCUGCUUCUUGAAAGAUUCGACACUGUCUUGCUUCCACCGUCUUGUCUUCCUAGGGAGCCUGUUCUGUGCAUUUACCACUCGCUCACUAACGUGGUGUGUGGGGGGGGUCCAGUGGGGUAUUGGUUAGAGCGCUCGCCUCUUGAGCGACCGGGCCAGGAUCCGAUUCCCGGGUAGGGCGAAACGUUAGGCGAGUUUCCUUACUCCACCCACGCACACGCGCACGCAUCUGUUUACCUAGCAGCAAAAGAAACCCGGUUAUUAGUCGAUUUCCGGGGGCAAUAAU